UUCGGUUGCCACAGGUAAGCAUUCAAAUACUUGUUUGUUUCCAGGGCUGGAAGAAACUUUGUUGAUUAGUUCAAAAUGUAACAGCAAGGCAGCCACAACUUUACAGACGGUUAGGAUGCCCAGGAGUAAUGUUUUGGACCGAGUACAGAGCUUUUUACCACAGAUGGCCCAUGCAAAUGAUGAGCUAAGAAGAAAAAUGGUAACAGCACCAGCUCAUCAGUUUGAUAUUGAAAAUCUAGACAGUACAACAGAAAAAGUUAUAGAAAUGAAUGUGGCUAUAGUUGAACUGAGUGAUUCUGAUACAGAUGAAGAGAUACUCACUUCAGAAGAUGACUCAGAAUCUGAGGAUGACCAUAUAACUGGUGAAGUGACUAUAGACAACAUUAAAUUUCCUAAACAAAAGGGGGAAAAGGGCAAGAUAGAAAUUUUGGACAGCAAAGUAAAUGAGUAAAUGCAUUUUAUUUUACUUAAAAAAACCAAAACAAACCUAAAACAAGCCAACAACAAACCCACAUUGUGUUUUCUUAAUUUGAAGACUGGGCCCUUAAAACUACCGUGUUUCCCAGUGUAGCAUCUCUCAGGAUCAUGUGAAAUGCUCUAGUUUACAUGGUAGAGGAUUCAGGAUCCACUCAUGGCUGAGGCAGGCUGGAUUUCUGAAGAAUUAAGUACGGUUUUAUUCAUCAAACAAUGUGGAAAUAAGCUUUGUAGUAGGUUAGACUAAUAAAGCAGCUAGAAUUUGGGGCACUUGGAGUAGUUAAAAUUCUUGUUCUGUUGCUUUGUUGAAAACAUAUGUUUAGAGUGUGCUGGAAGAAGUUUUUGCUUCAAGGGCAGGAAAGAAUUAACUAGGAAAAAAGCUUUGUUUUUUAAUACUCCAUGUCCUGUGAAGUGUUAUGUACAAUGUCUUCAAUAUUAAAGAUUAUCUCAAAGCACAUUAGAGAUCUGUCUACAUUGCAUUUGUGGCAAUAACUGUUGACCACUAAAGCAGUGGCCGAGGUCAUUUCAAGGUGAGUUAGCGUGGGUAAGGACAGGCAUGAUUUGACAGUUCAGCAAAGGAUUCCCUCCCUUUAUGCCUGCACUGAGCUCAUAUCUGGAACAUGUGUGGCUGUAGUAGAUACCCUCAGUACUUAAAUGGUCGCCUGCCUCCGUGAUGUUACAGUUGCUUUAAAGUGGCGCUUCUUAUCUCCUGCUUUCCCUGCCACGUUUCUGUCCUCCCCAUUUAGUUAACAAUUGUCACUGCCAAAAAAAUAAAAAGGUGUAUUUUCAGCUGGCCUGUAUUUGCUUGAAACGGUUGUGAAAUCAAAACCAGUGAAACUAUGUCUUACUCAUACUUACCUCAGAUAGGUUGAAUACAAUGAUUUGGGCUGUUGUAUUUACCUCACAGAUUGGUUUGCAUUACAGAAGUAUCUGUCAUGCUCCUGGAUGUUAUAAUUUGUUUCUUAAAGGAACUUUGUAUUUUCUAUACCAUUAAAGUAAAAUUUUCUAUAUUGUGUUUGCUCAAGUAUUAAACUUAACAUCAAGACUUGAAACCUGCAAUUAUUUACAGAAUUUAUUUUAAAUCCCAUACUUAAAGCCAUAGUUUUAAUACCUGUUUCUGUAAUAUCAGUAACAAG